AUGGAAUAUUUAAAUAAAAUCAGUCAACAUUAUAUAUUUCCUUAAAUAUAACCAUUAAAAGAAUCAUAUUUAUAUUUUCCUCUCGGUAUUAAAAAACGAAAUAAAUUAUUUUUUAUAUUAAAAUAAACAUUAGAAAAUGAAUAAUAUAAACAUGAAAAAAAAGAUAAAGUAAAUAGAUAUUUUUUCGAUGGUCAGAUUUAAUUUACAAAUUUUGAGUACGAAAAAUUAUAGAUUUUUGGAAAAUAUUUAGAAGAAAAAAAGCAUGAUUGUUGCUUUAACUCAUCUUUUUGGUCAGAUUCAAUGAAACUAAGAUUUCUAGCUGCAAAUAAUUACGAAAAAGGAAACACAGUCAAAUCAAUAAUAGCUUAUAAUGAAUGGAUGAAUUCUCAUUUUAAUUUAGAAGUAGAUUAAAAGAUGUAAUCAUUUUUAUAAGAAGGAAUUAUUUAUUUAAGUGGAAAAGAUCAUAGAUAUAGACCUAUAAUAAUAUUAAAUGUAUUUAAAUUGGUCGGAAAAGAAAACUCUUUUCCCGAUAUAUUAAAAGCAAUAACUUAUUUUUUAGAUGUUAUAAUGGAAAAUAUGUUUUUACCCGGAUAAAUAGAAAAUUGGGUAAUAAUAUGUGAUUUAAAUAAUUUAGGAAUUACAAAUUUGCCAAUGAAUUCAUUUAAAAAAAUUAUUUAAUAUUUAAUGAAUAAUUAUAAAAGUAGACUACAUAGAUUAUAUGUAGUUAAUUGUGCUGGAUUAAUAUCGAUUCCUUGGGCUAUGAUAAAACCUUUAUUAGAUGAAAAUACUAUAGAAAAGGUUUCUAUUGAAAAAACUAAUGAACUAAAAAAUUUAUGGAAUCAUGUAAAUAAAAAUUAAAUUGAAAAAAGAUUUUCGGGAAAUCUUGAAAAUAUAACUAAUUUUUGGUAUUAGUGUGUAUAUUAGUAUUUUUUAAUGUUUUUUAUUUUUAUUUAGGCCUCCGCACAAAGAUUGCAUUUAAGACAUGUAGCAUAUAUUAAACCUAGUAUAGAUAAUAGAAAACCUUGGUCUCCUCACUAUUCAUUAUCAAAAUGGGCAAAUAAAUAUACAAUUUAAACUAAUCUAAAAAUACAAUAAGAAAACAAAGCGUUAUUAAAUAAAAUGAUGUUUAUAGAUAAAAAAUCUUCAAUUUUUAAUUCAUAAAAGUUAUUAGAAUCACAUCAUUAUAUAAAAAGUAUGGCUGACUAUUAUAGGGGUAGAUAAUAAAAGGAAUUACAUAAUUAAAAUAAUAAAAUAAUGCAUAGAUUAUAAUCUGCAUAAAAAAAUUCAAUUUAUGGAAAAAAAAUGUGGGUUCCAGAAAUCAAAAAAAUUGAAUUAUAUAGAAGUAAUAUAAUUAAAAGUAGAAGCAAAGGUGGUAAAGAAAUAAAAGGAAACGAAAUCGAAAAUUAAUAUGGAAGAAAGUAAAAUAAUGAAAUAGAAUUCGAACUUUGA